AUGGUUCCGAAACCCUCGCUUGGUUUUCUGGGCGCUUUGUCCCUGGUUCUCAGGGCCGUGAGCGGCGAAAGCGACGAUAUCGAGCGCACUCAACCGGAUCAGGCGUCGGCCAGAGAGCGGGCGCAUAUGGUCUUCAACGCCAUACAUUCUGCAGGUCGACAAUGGGGCUCAUCUCUGUAUCACAACGGCUUCGGGUUUUUCCCAGCCAUUGUUCCCCAGGGCACCCUUUUCUAUCAUGGUGCUCGGCAGAAUGUCACACCGACAGGGCCUGAGUGGCUAGCCUUCGAGAUUGAGCACGCCGAGAACUUUGCGCCCUCGUUCAGAGCUGUUCCUGGCGACGGGCGCCCCCGGCCUCCUCCGCCAGGUAAACAACCUCAUGGGUGGAAACCUCAGCCGGAGCCUGAAGAGCCUCGCCAAGAGCUGCGACGCCGUAGAGAACAUGAUCUGAACGGUGAUGACACCGGAAGAAGACAUGGCCCUGGCGAUGGAGACGACGACAACCAACCUAGGAACUACCGUGGAUACCUCCAUACGUAUCAGGCGAAACGCGAUCUGAAGCUGCUUCUGAUUGACGGCAUGAGCGCUGGCAAGACCUCGAUGGGAACUAUGGAUUCUCAGGAUCUUGUCCUUCGCGAGAAUAACACCAAGCACAACGACGGCGUGUGGGACGAAUGGGCACGAGCACUCGAUCUGUGCGAUAUAGCCACUGAAUGGGGUUAUGAUGGCUUGAUGCGGGUGGAAAUAGGAUUCGAGGUCAUUCAGUGCAACUUUACCACCGGCUUGAACCUGGUCAGCAUGACCCGAACAGAGAUGAUGGAAAACACCAUCGGGAUGCGUCAACUGUCGGCUUUCCAAUGGGCGAGAGCUGCUGGGGAGCGAUACAAUGACCUCGGGGGUGAUCGACUACGAAUCGACUUCUCGUCGAUGGUAUCAGGGCUCUUCUUGCCCAUCAACAUUUCCAGCGCCGAUGCCAAGCGACCAGAUCUCAUGCGACUCGGAGCGGCAACCUUGGACGAGUUGAAAGACCUCAAGGCAUACCUGAAAGACGUCGCCACUUCACCCCGAAGGUUCACGGUCAACUGGCAAGGGUUGGUCGACCUGAUUGUGAGCCGAUACAGCAAGAGGUUAGCCACGAUGUUAUACGAAUCACUACCGUCGAAACACUUUGUCAACGAGAUCGAGGCUGCUACACUGACUUGGUUCGACGCACUGCCGUUGCCCGACGAUGUGAGCGUAGCAGAGCGCGAAAGGAACCGAACCGCAGACGCCAUUGAGCGUUGCAGGAAGCAUUAUCUCCGACCAGCUUUGGUCACUGCAGAGCGAUGGAGUCUCGAAGAUGACUUGAUCCACACGUCCAUCGACACGGUGAUGGGACACGUUUGUCGCAAUCUCUUUUCGGUUCGAAGCCUAUUGUUAGAGGCGUCCGGUUCGACCUCGAACGGUUACAAGAUAGAUAGGGAGGCCGGGGAUGAGGACAAGUUGGAGUAUGCAGUCAAGGCUGGCCGAGCCAUGCUGCAACGACUGGUCGACACUCUGGGGUGGACAACUUUCAAGCAGUUGCAACCAUGUCCACCAGACGAGGUCCUCUUCGUUGCCAUGUGGCCAUUUGGAGGGGAGGACGACCACUGGAACCCCGGGUGUCGAACAAUUGAUCAAGUCCAGCAUCCCACCUCCUCAUAUUGGAGAGGAUGGGGUCGUCCGCCAAGGCCCAAGCCGAGCGACGAGGCUUGA